AUGUAUCAAAGAACCAUUUUAGAAGACAAUGAAAAUAUUUAAGAAGAUUGUAAACCCAAAAGAUAUGCAGCCAGUCUAGAAGGAUAAAAUUUUAAGAAAAAACAAACUAAUUAAGCAAGUUUUCAAGAGUGGGUUGGAUUAAUUGGUAUCAUCGUUGUCACAUAUCUCUUAAUUAUUUUAGUAUGGGCCUUAUGUAUUUAAUGUGUAAUUAUGCAAAUUAGGUUUCAUAGGUAUUGAUAGCAAUUUUAAAGUCACUGUUGGUAUCUUUAUGGUCUUGUUUGUAUUAUUUGUGAUUGGAAUUUUAAUUUAUUGGUAUUAUGGUUUGAAAAGUCGUGAAGAAUUAAUUCGAUCAAUGAUGUUAAGUAAAUGGUAGGAUAGUUCUUAUGAAAUUAAUAAUUGAU